UCCCGCAGCUACGUGGGGAACCUGUCCAGAGAUGUCACUGAAGCUCUAAUCCUCCAGCUGUUCAGCCAGAUCGGACCAUGCAAAAACUGCAAAAUGAUAAUGGAUACGGCUGGAAAUGAUCCAUAUUGUUUUGUGGAGUUCUUUGAGCAUCGUCAUGCAGCUGCAGCACUAGCUGCUAUGAAUGGCCGGAAGAUAAUGGGUAAGGAGGUCAAAGUGAACUGGGCAACAACCCCCAGCAGCCAGAAGAAAGAUACCAGCAGUAGUACCGUUGUCAACACACUGCGUUCACAAGACCAUUUCCAUGUCUUUGUUGGAGACCUCAGUCCUGAAAUUACAACUGAAGAUAUAAAAGCAGCUUUUGCGCCAUUUGGAAGAAUAUCAGAUGCACGAGUGGUUAAGGAUAUGGCAACGGGCAAAUCUAAGGGAUACGGCUUUGUUUCCUUCUUCAAUAAAUGGGAUGCAGAAAAUGCUAUUCAGCAGAUGGGUGGUCAGUGGCUUGGUGGAAGACAAAUCAGAACAAAUUGGGCGACAAGAAAGCCUCCAGCUCCAAAGAGUACUUAUGAAACAAAUACCAAACAACUGUCUUAUGAUGAUGUGGUCAAUCAGUCCAGUCCAAGCAACUGCACCGUGUACUGUGGAGGUGUUACCUCGGGACUGACAGAACAGCUAAUGCGCCAGACCUUUUCUCCGUUUGGGCAGAUAAUGGAAAUCCGAGUCUUCCCAGAUAAAGGAUACUCCUUUGUACGGUUUAAUUCCCAUGAGAGUGCUGCACAUGCAAUUGUUUCCGUCAAUGGCACAACUAUAGAAGGCCACGUAGUGAAGUGCUACUGGGGCAAGGAAACACCAGACAUGAUCAGUCCAGUCCAGCAGAACCAAAUCGGAUAUCCCCAAGCUUACGGGCAGUGGGGUCAGUGGUAUGGAAACGCGCAGAUCGGGCAGUACAUGCCCAAUGGCUGGCAAGUCCCUGCAUAUGGAAUGUAUGGGCAAGCGUGGAAUCAGCAAGGAUUUAAUCAGACACAGUCUUCAGCAGCAUGGAUGGGAGCAAACUACAGCGUUCCGCCGCCUCAAGGGCAGAACGGGAGCAUGAUAACUAAUCAAACUGGAUAUCGCAUGGCGGGCUUCGAAACGCAGUGAGAAAAGGACUCUGAAACCAAACACUGGUGGGCUCGAGGCUGCGAGGAGAGUUGUGAAGCCUCUGUUUACUGAACAGAUUUACCCGAUCAAGUCAGUACGAGUGUCAGAUAC